UUUUUUUUGUAUUUUACCAGUUAUAAACGACGGAACGAUUCUUGGUAUUGGCACAGAUGAUAAGCUCUAUACACGCGCUACCUUGAAUAGCAAUUGGGUCCAAGUUCCAAAUACUGAAGGUUUAGUCAAGGCAAUCACACAGUUGCAUGACGGAACGAUUUUAGGUGUUGGCACAGAUGAUAAGCUAUAUACACGUGCCACCUUGAAUAGCAAUUGGGUCAACGUUGCAAAUACUGAAGGCUUAGUCAUUGCAGUUACGCAGUUAACGGAUGGAACUAUUCUAGGUGUAGGCACAGAUUAUAAGCUUUAUACACGUGCUACGUUGAAUAGCAAUUGGAUCAAUGUUGCAAAUACUGAAGGUUUAAUCAUUGGAAUUACGCAGUUAAAAGAUGGAACAAUUCUUGGUAUUGGAACAGAUCAUAAACUGUAUACACGCGCUACGUUGAAUAGCAAUUGGGUCAAUGUUGCAAAUAGUGAGGGUUUAGUCAUUGCAGUUACGCAGUUAAAGGAUGGAACUAUCCUUGGUGUUGGCACAGAUGAUAAGCUCUAUACACGCGCUACGUUGAAUAGCAAUUGGGUCAAUGUUGCGAACACUGAAGGUUUAGUCAUUGGAAUUACGCAGCUAAAUUAUCCAAUUCCAGUUACACCUGCAUCAAAAGCUACGACAAACACUGCAUCAAAAGCUGCAACUGCAACGACAACUACACGUAAGGGUAUUGGGUGUGGGUGUGGAUGACGACGAUAGAGUUGAAGAGACAUCCAUACCCACAGUCUCAAGAGCUCUCUAUAAUACAAUUCUUCUUUUAUGUUUCAUCUAGAUCUAUCAAUAACCUCAAGAUGCACAGAGA